UCCACAACCCAGGCCCAAUUAGGGUUUCGCCUCCAUAUUAAGUUCAUUUGGAUAGCUCGGCCGCUGUUUCCCUUUGAACUUCUUCGGCACUGCUGCUACCCUGAUAGGGUUCUAACAGAAGAAGUGAAGUUUAAGGCAGCAACAGUUAACAACCAUGAGUAAGCUUCAGAGUGAAGCCCUAAGAGAAGCCAUUACUCAAAUCACCACAGAUGCAAAAGAGAAGAAGCGUAAUUUCACUGAAACCAUUGAACUCCAAAUCGGACUCAAGAACUACGACCCACAAAAGGACAAACGUUUCAGUGGAACAGUGAAAUUGCCUCACAUUCCUAGGCCUAAAUUGAAAGUUUGCAUGCUUGGAGAUGCCCAACAUGUUGAAGAGGCACAAAAGAUUGGACUUGAAUACAUGGAUGUUGAAGGGCUCAAGAAGCUGAACAAGAACAAGAAGCUUGUGAAAAAGCUUGCAAAAAAGCACCAAGCUUUUUUGGCUUCUGAAUCUGUCAUUAAGCAGAUUCCUCGUUUGUUAGGCCCUGGUCUUAACAAAGCAGGAAAAUUCCCAACACUUGUUUCUCAUCAAGAAUCCCUUGAAGCAAAAGUGAAUGAAACAAAAGCAACUGUGAAAUUUCAAUUGAAGAAGGUUUUGUGUAUGGGAGUUGCUGUUGGAAACUGCAGCAUGGAAGAGAAGCAGAUUUUCCAGAAUGUUCAAAUGAGUGUUAACUUUCUUGUUUCAUUGUUGAAGAAAAAUUGGCAAAAUGUGAGGUGUUUGUAUUUGAAGACAACAAUGGGAAAGCCAGUGCGUAUUUUUUAGGUUGUUUUUUUUUUGGGAUUUGUUUUUGUUUGGAGACAAAGAUUAGUGUAUUGAGUACUUGGAAGCAAUUUUUGCUUUAUGUUUUUUUGGUUUUGUUGGAUGUUUAAUUUUUAAAUGUAUUGGAUUUUGGUAAUGAGCAUUAUGUUUUAAUA